UCAGACAGAGGGAGAUUUUAGCCUAGGCUUCAGACGCGCCCAGGACGUUCGCAGCUGAAAGACGAUGCUCAUUGACGAUGGAGUCGGCGCUCCUUAACAUUAAGUCGCUUGGAAGUGCUGUCGUGGAGCUGGUCGACGGAUGAAGGCCUCGACUCUCCGAGAAACUCACUCUUGUUUGGGCUGGCUUUCAUGACCAACAUUCCGCUUAUCCGGAUGCAUCCGCAGCGACAUGCGUAGUAGAAUCGCUUCCGACAACAAACGGCCGCGAUCGACGCAACCUCCAUGUGGAAGACGAUCCUUGGCAGCGGCAAGUCAGGCCCGGUGGCGUCCUCCUUGGAGCAAGAGAUGCAGAACGAUAUGCAAACGUGGUGGCAGCCCCUGGAUGCUUUGGCGGAACACCCCACGAUUCGCCACCACCCUGCUGUCCAAGCGUUUCUGCGCCAGUGCGCACAUACGGAAGCGGACAAGGACGGCCGCGAGUAUUUUGGAAUUCGGGAAAGCGUGGAAGGGGCGCCUUGGUUUGAGGCUGCUCUGACGGAGCAGACUGCCGCGACCAAGAAGAAGAACAGAUACCGCGACGUCCUACCGUUCGAAAAGACUCGAGUACGUCUCCGCACGCCGCAGUCGUCCAACCCAGCUGGCGACUACAUCAACGCCAACUACAUCUUGAAUGACCAAUACAUUGCAUGCUGCGCGCCACCGCCUUCCGCCAUCGAGGACUUUUGGUCGAUGGUGUGGCACGACAACGUCCACGUGAUUCUCAUGCUAACCAACUUUAUCGAGCGAGAAAUGCUCAAAGCAGACAUGUACUGGGUGCCCAAGGGCCGCGUCGUUGACGUCGGCGUCUUCACGAUCGAGCUGAAGGACGAAGAGGUGUCGUCGCGUGGAUAUACACUUCGAACGAUCGAGCUUCGACAACCAUCCACCAACGAAUCGAGGCUAGUAUACCACGUCCAAUUGACGUCGUGGCCCGACCACGGCGUUCUCCAGGACUUUGCCGUGAUCAAGCCACUGCUCUGCUUGGUCCAUGGUUUGAACGCCCGAAACGAACGCACCAGGAGCGAGGCCAUCGCACCCCCCUCGCGACCCAUCGUCGUCCACUGCAGCGCUGGCAUUGGUCGUUCCGGCACGUUCAUCGCUAUCGACAUCAUCCUGCAGCAGCUGCGCGCGCUGCCGCUGGCAACGGCCACCGAGGAGCAGGUGCAAGCCGCGCUGAACGUUCGCGCGAUUGUCCAUCGCAUUCGGUGCCAGCGACCGGGCAUGGUGCAGACGACCGACCAAUAUCAAAUGAUAUACCAGUAUAUCCGAGCCGUACUGGCCGGGCAGAGUUAGGCAACCCCGUAGAAGGUGCACGCGAUCGCACGCUCGAGUAGGUCGAUGCAAGCAUCUCUGCGCUUGCCAUCCCGCUGCUGCGCCCAAAGGCAGGGCGGGACUGCGCACGUUGUGCGAUCAGCGGACGUCGCCCCAGACACUUGCGCAUUGGACUUUAAAAUAUACCAAAAUUACUCUAGCUGCGCCGCCAACGACUCUUUAGCGGUCCAGCAGCGGGUAGUACGCUCCGCUGUAAUCUGUCAGCAUAUCGACGUCAACGGUGCGGUCGGACGCAUGACGUCCCCAAACCACCAGCACAACCCCUAGGACGAGUAGCACGCACGCAGCAAUCGACGUUGAUACGGACAUGACGACGUCGGGCUGGCCGUGCAUGGCUAGGAGGUCCGCAUUGCCCGUGUAAUUCGCAAGGGCGUCCUCUGGCACGACACAUCGCAGCACGUCUUCUUCUUCACGAAGGGCAACUGCAUUGCCAAACACAGACUGGCACUGCGCUGGGCCACAGGUAGUGCAGCACGUUUUCUUCGGAACGGCAACCACCGUCUCCGAUGACGCAGACACAAACACGGUGCGCCCCCCACACACGUCGAACGGCGCGGGAGUGCCCACCGCCGCACACUUGUCUGAACACGCCCCAAACGGACAGUCCCAGUCGGGCUUGUCGCAGUUUUUGAUUGUAAAUGUCUUGGUGGCCGGGAGCGCGAGCGUCCGGUUCGUGUACGUGCUGGCGUACGAGAACGUGCAUGUGACGGCGAAAGUUGUGUCGGCGCGCGUCGUCGGCAUCGUUUGCAUUUGAAAACUAAACCGGCGAAGGAUGGAUGUAUUCCGCGAGAUGGACGCGAAGAGGAGCACGGGCGCCAACGUGGUUGCAUAUUGCACGUCACAGGCGACCCCUGUGGACAUCCACGGCAGCAAUCGCGUCUGGUUCACGACGAGGCCAGCGAGGGGAUUGAAGUCAAAGGUGAGUUCGGCAAAGUCGCUCUGCAUGUAGUUGCACAGCCCGCCCGUGGCCGUGGAGUCAAGGCGGCUCGACGAUUGAUACCACAUCCCAUCAAAGUCUUCGUUCACGGCGAUCGGUUGAUGCAGAUGCUGGUACACAUGGAAUCCAAAUUUUUUGACGAGACCGCACUGCGACCAAGCUUCGAGGGCCACGACCGAGUGCUCGGCGUGGAAUCCAACCGCCGCCUUGUCGUCAAAGCUGCGCCAGUCGCUGCCAUCGACGCGGAAGCGCCAGAACACGUACCGCUUGUCCUCGACGAGAACCGUCCGAUCGUUCAACGCGCUGGACACAGUAAAGAGGUCGUGGAGCGGCGCGACGUGGCCGCAUUUGCCUUGGUCCGUGCGGCCAAAGGCCGAACAUUCGAGCUGCAAAUGAAUCUCGGUCUCGCUCUGGUACCCCUUGGUUGGAAACUCGUGUGCAAUAAGCUCUUUCGUUGCCACUUCGUAUUCGGGUUUGAUCGCGGCGGACGCGACAAAGAAUGUCGACCCGAGCCCAACUAGACAUUGUUCCGUCACGCAGCCGGGGUCGGUGCCACUGCACACCUUUGCAGGCGGCGUCGAGUUGCCGCACUGAUAGUUGUGCCAAAACUCUUUGAGCUUUGUCUGCAACUUGCAACACCUCGUGCACAGCCCAGGCGGCACGGGCAUUGCAACGUUGAGCAAGGCCAAGUCGCCCCCAAACGGAGAUUGCUGCAGCCGCGCCACGACGUUUGGUUUGACUUUGUCGGUGAAGCACGUCUGCCCGCGAUCAAAGUUUGCGUCGUCUACAUAUGCGUCCUCGAACAUGGCGCGACGAGAGAAGCGCUUGUCGUCGCACCGACCGCCGCUGCUGCCCCCGCACACGUCGUUGACAACGUUCUUCUCAGUCGAGUACGCCACGUGCGAUUCGAGGAUCGCUUGCGCGGCAGCGAUGUUUUUUGGUGAAUACUCUGCAACCGCAGUGGGCUUGAUGACCGCCGUGGAGUCCAAGCACGAGGUUUGGUCGCACAUGGGCUUGGGGCACUGGGCAUUGCUGACAGGACGAAAUUUGUCCACAACUGCAACACACACUUCGCAGUCAGCGGCGGUGCGGUACCCCUUGGCCGUCAUCUUGAUGGCGUACACGCCAGGACUUGACAGGGCAAUGUCGUUUGUAAUUGUGUCGCGAUGCGUGACAAAGUACCUCCAAGCAAAGUGCUGCGACGAUUCCAUGGGGGAUUUCACGCCGCUGGAGCUGCCGGCCACUUGAGCCACCGACACUUGAAUCCAUGGCGAACCGUCCGUGAUAUUGGCCAUGUUGACGUCGCCGUCGUUCGUACGCGCCUCCGACACGUAGUUGCUCCGAGGGUAUGGGAUGCGAGGGAUCGUUUGGGGAUACAAGCGCGAGAUGCGGCACGAGUUGGCAUUGCUGCGGCCAUCGCUGGCCCGCGUGAUGUCGAACGAAUACUUGCGACCGCUCCAGUAGCACGCGCAGUUCUCCUUGGGGGUUGGUACGCACACGCGCUGUGAAUUGACGGUCGAUUCUUCGUACCCACUGGGACACUGGCAAAAGCACUGCCGAGCACCCACUUGGUCAACGUACACGACGGGGACGCCGUUCGGGAGUGCGUUGGCGCAGUGGAAACUCUGCACUGCUUUGAACGGAUUGUGUGCUAGCAGGUCGGUGUCCUGUGCGAGGAACGUCGAGUCGUCUGCGAACGCAGCGUAGCUCGUUUUGCACUUCAGCCCCACAACUCCAGGCGGGCACACGAAGAAGUUGAAGACGGUGCGGACGCGACGCUCUUCCUCAUAGGCCAAAACGACAUCGUGCGAGAUCUUGUCGCUGAACAAGCUCACGACAGCCGCGGGGCGCACUGUCGCUUUCAACCCGAGCUCGGCCAUGGAGCAGUACACGUUGCCAAACGGCGUAAAGUACCUUGCCAUCUCCGCGGUCGAAAGCGACGACGAACGUGUGGCGGCACUUCGCGGGCCUUCCGUGCACGCCGUAAGGAGAACAGUGGAGAACGUAACGUCGCACGCCCUGCCGCCUGUGAGGAAUUUUCGCUCCGCCGUCGCGAGCUUUUGAACCCAGUCGGCAAACAGGAGAAUCGUGGACGUAUCGAGGCACUUGGACAGGGCAAAGAGGACGUGGAUGGUACAUGGUCCGUCGACGACGGGAAACUGGUUGCAUCGUGGGGCAACGAGGGCUGUGAGCGCAGGUGUAGACGAGGUGUCGAGGAAGCCUGAGCCGCCUCGGCCAUCCACGUCCAUCGUGAUCACCUCGGACGGCGCUUGCGAGUACAUUGCUCGCCAUGGUGUGUCGGCCUGUUGGUCUUCCAUGUGGAGCGCGAUUUCGUUGUUGAAUUGCACAUAGGCGAUCGAAAUGACGGCAGCGUUGACGAGGAGAAGCAGUCGACUGGCUCCAAUCAUGUGUGCCAAGCACGUCGCGAAUGGAACUGUGUGCUAUCCGAGCGCUGUCAUCCCAUCCUUGCUCGUGUUGCGCCUGCUAUUCCAAUCGAGCAGACGUCUUCGAGCAACCAUUGUCAUUCGAUUUCGAUCAAAUCUCAAUCGAAUAUGUUGGCUGAGGUUGUCGUCCUCGUCGCAUUGCUUUCGGUGAAGCCACCGUUGCUGGGUGGAUUCUGAAGUUGCUCGGUCGCAGUCGCGUCAAGCCCCGGCUUCGACACCUCGUCAAGAUCCUCGAGAUCUUGAAUGGAGUUGUGACACAUACAACCGGCUUCGUGGCUAAACCGUCAAUCGUUACCAACCCCACAUCCUCACCCAGGCCAUCUCCCCCACGCUCCUCGAUACAAGACACAAGCCGGGGCAAAGUCUCCCACGGGAGGACAGGCUAGCCGUCGAGGAAUAACGUAUCUGGUAGAAUGGGAAAUCCACGGCA